GCGGCUGCAGGAGUUGCUGGGACUGCGCGCGGACAGAUCACAAGGCGGCGGUGGAGAAGGCCCAGAGACCUGAGCUCCGAGACCUCAGCUCGCGGCCUACGCUGAAGCCCAGUCUCCAUCCAAGGACCGGGGGGAACCGCAGUCUCCAUCACUGAGGUACUGUGCUCCGCGCUGCUCGCCCGGCCAGGCCCAGCCCCGCUGCAGCGGCGCCUCCUUCCUUCCUCUUUCCCUCGCGCUCUCUCUUGCUCACCAGCGCCUUCCCUGCCCGCCUGCGUCACCGCGGCCGCCAUGGCUGAGAAUGGCGAGAGCAGCGGUCCCCCGCGCCCCUCCCGCGGCCCAGCUCCGGCCCCAGGCUCGGCAGCUGCUGCCCCGGCCGAGCCCAAAAUCAUCAAAGUCACUGUGAAGACUCCCAAAGAGAAAGAGGAGUUCGCGGUGCCCGAGAAUAGCUCGGUGCAGCAGUUCAAGGAAGCGAUUUCGAAACGCUUCAAAUCCCAAACCGACCAGCUCGUGCUGAUUUUUGCCGGAAAAAUCUUAAAAGAUCAAGAUACCCUGAGCCAGCAUGGCAUCCAUGAUGGACUGACCGUUCACCUUGUCAUCAAAAGCCAGAACCGACCUCAGCAGGGCCAGUCCACCACGCAGUCUAGCACUGGUGCGGCAACUACUACUACCACCACAGCAUCGACUCCCAGAAGUAACACCACACCUACUACCACAAAUAGCAACCCGUUUGGGGUGGGGAGCCUGGGAGGACUUGCAGGCCUUAGCAGUCUGGGUUUGAGCACCACCAACUUCUCUGAGCUUCAGAACCAGAUGCAGCAGCAGCUAAUGGCCAGCCCCGAGAUGAUGAUCCAAAUCAUGGAAAAUCCCUUUGUUCAGAGCAUGCUUUCGAAUCCCGAUCUGAUGAGGCAGCUCAUUAUGGCCAAUCCACAGAUGCAACAAUUGAUUCAGAGAAACCCAGAAAUCAGUCAUCUGCUCAACAACCCAGAUAUAAUGAGGCAGACUCUCGAAAUUGCCAGGAAUCCAGCCAUGAUGCAAGAGAUGAUGAGAAAUCAAGAUCUGGCUCUCAGCAAUCUCGAAAGCAUCCCAGGUGGCUACAAUGCUCUACGGCGCAUGUACACUGACAUUCAAGAACCGAUGCUGAAUGCCGCACAAGAGCAGUUUGGGGGUAACCCCUUUGCCUCGGUGGGGAGCAAUUCCUCCUCUGGGGAAGGUACUCAGCCUUCCCGCACUGAAAAUCGGGAUCCACUGCCCAACCCUUGGGCGCCACCGCCGGCUACUCAGAGUUCUACGACCACCAGCACCACUACAAGCAGUGGUACCGGGUCUGGCAGCAGCUCCAGCAAUACUACUGGGAACACUGUGGCUGCAGCUAAUUAUGUCGCUAGCAUCUUCAGUACUCCAGGCAUGCAGAGCCUGCUGCAACAGAUAACUGAAAACCCUCAGCUGAUUCAGAAUAUGCUGUCCGCACCCUACAUGCGAAACAUGAUGCAGUCGCUGAGCCAGAAUCCAGAUCUGGCUGCACAGAUGAUGCUGAGUAGCCCACUGUUUACGGCCAAUCCUCAGCUGCAGGAGCAGAUGCGUCCCCAGCUCCCGGCUUUCCUGCAGCAGAUGCAGAAUCCAGAUACAUUGGCAGCCAUGUCAAACCCCAGAGCGAUGCAGGCUUUAAUGCAGAUCCAGCAGGGGCUACAGACAUUAGCCACUGAAGCGCCUGGCCUCAUUCCAAGCUUCACUCCAGGUGUGGGGGUGGGGGUGCUGGGAACCACAAUUACUCCUGUAGGCCCAGUCACUCCUAUAGGCCCCAUUGGUCCUAUAGUUCCUUUUACUCCGAUAGGCCCUAUUGGGCCCAUAGGACCCACUGGCCCCCCUGCAAGCUCUCCUGGCACCACCGGCUCUGGCGGCCCCACCGCGCCCACUGUGACCAGCUCUGCAGCCAGUGAGACCACGACUCCAACAUCGGAAUCUGGACCCAACCAGCAGUUCAUUCAGCAAAUGGUGCAGGCUUUGGCUGGAGCAAAUCCUCCACAGCUGCCGAAUCCAGAAGUCAGAUUUCAGCAGCAACUGGAACAGCUCAACGCCAUGGGGUUCUUAAACCGUGAAGCAAACUUGCAGGCCCUAAUAGCAACAGGAGGCGACAUCAAUGCAGCCAUUGAGAGGCUGCUGGGCUCCCAGCCAUCGUAAUUACAUUUCUGUACCUUGAAAAAAAUGUAUCUUAUUUUUGAUAAUGGUUCUUAAAUCUUUAAACAUACAUACACACACAUCUUGCUUUACUUUCAUUUUGAUUCUUUUAAAUCUGUCUAGUUAAAAAUCUAAUAUGCAUUUUAAGGUGGAGUCCUUCGCUCUAGCUUCUUCCCCUCCCCCCCUUCAGCUCCCCUCCUACCCUCCCGCCUCUUUGCCUCUUUCCCUCCCCCUCCUUCCCUCCCCUUCUUUUUCCCCCUCUCGCCUCUCCUUCUCCUCGCCCCUCCCACCCACCCUCUCUCCCUUCCCGCCUGCCCUCUCCCCUCCCUCUUUGUUUCCUUCCUUCCUUCUUUCCUUCUUUUGGUUUCCUUCCUUCUCUGUUUUGAAUGGUGGGAAUCAAUGCUGUUUCACUCAAAAGGUGUUGCAUGCAAACACUUCUCUUUAUUCUGCAUUUAUUGUGAUUUUUGGAAACAGGUUAACAGCCUUCACAGUUGGGUGAACAAGUUUUGUCCUACAGAUGUCCAGUUUAUUUGCAUUUUAAACAUUAGCCUAUGAUAGUAAUUUAAUGUAGAAUGAAGAUAUUAAAAACAGAAGCAAAUUAUUUGAAGCUCUAAUUUGUGGUACAAUAUUGCUUAUUGUGACUUUGGCAUGUAUUUUUGCUAGCAAAAUGCUGUAAGAUUUAUACCAUUCAUUGGUCAUUUUUGCUAUUAUUUGUAUACAGUACAGUAAGCACAAUUGAAACUGUACAUCUAGAAGUAUUACUGUAGAAUCUGAGCAGAAUAUGUGUAACCCAAAUAAGAAAGAACGUAAGAACUAUUUCUGGAUUUAGGUAUGUGUCACAAUUUUGUAGAAUCUUACAGCAUAUUUGAUAAAUUUCUCAGUGAAAAUGUUGGCUAGGCAAGUUCAGUUAAAAUAUAGUAGAAAUGUUUAUCCUGGUAUCUCUUAAGUAUACAUUUAAUUGUACAGAAAACUUAAACAGUGUAACAUUGUGUCAACAUUUGCAGAUUGACUGUAUAUGACCUUAAUCUUUGUGCACCCUGAAGGGUCAGUGUAGUAAUGCCAGGAAAGUGCUUUUUACCUAAGAGUUCCUUCUCAGCUUCUCCCAUAAAGAGACCCUAAUAUGCAUUUUGAGUUGUAAUUGGAAAUGUAACUUUUGCUGGAAGUGUCAUGUGAUGUUUGCAUUUCUUUAACUGCUAUGUAUAAAGGAAAGUGUAUCUUUUGACUUAAUCAGUUAUUUCUCUUGUGCACAGGGAAAAUGCAUUAAAAAUGACUAAAAAAAUAAAA